AUGGCAACUCUUGAAGACCCUCUCCAGAUGGUGCCAGGUGGCCCUGAACCAGUCGAGCCCGUCCAACAUACCGAGAUACCUUUCUGGCGACUCCUCAUCGACCAGGCCGGCCUCACACCAGAGGUAGCCUACUACCAAUAUCAAGGGUCCGGCACAAAGGAGAACCCCUUCCUGGUACAAUGGAUCCCAGACGACCCUCGAGACCCCAUGUGCUUUGCAGCGGGCAGGAAGUGGCUCAUCGUUGCCUGUGUUUCCAUAGCGACUCUAGCCAUCGCCUUCGGGUCCUCUGUGUAUACAGGCGGCAUGAUGGAGGUCAUGAUGGACUUCAAGAUCAGUAGAGAGGUUGCAACCCUGGGCAUAUCUCUGUUCGUCUUGGGCUUUGCUGUCGGGCCCGUCUUCUGGGCGCCGCUCAGCGAGGUCUUUGGCCGCCAGCUGAUCUUCACCAUCACCAUGGCCUUCCUCACCAUCUUCAACGCUGCCUCUGCGGGCGCUCCAACCGUGGCCGGCCUUCUCAUCUUCCGUUUUCUUGCAGGAGCCUUUGGCGCGUCCCUGCUGACCAAUGCCGGAGGAGUGAUUGCUGAUAUCUUCCCUCCGGCUCAACGGGGUCUGGCCAUGUGUGUCUUCUGCGCCGCUCCCUUCUUAGGGCCUGUCUUGGGUCCGAUAUGUGGCGGUUUCCUCGGGAUGAACGCCAGCUGGCGCUGGGUCUUGGGCUUGCUCACCAUUCUCUCCGGCGUCCUCUGGAUCUUCGGGACUCUCGCCAUCCCGGAGACAUACGCCCCGAGACUUCUGAGAGUCCGAGCAGAGAAGCUCUCCAAGAUCACCGGCAAGCACUAUGUCAGUGCCUUGGAUCAUAAGCAGGGGAGACCCACCGUUUCCGACCUGGUACAGAUGUCGUUACUCCGCCCCUGGGUACUGCUGUUCAAGGAGCCAAUCGUUCUUCUCUUGUCUAUCUACAUGGCGGUGGUGUAUGGCACUUUAUACAUGUUCUUCGCUGCCUUUCCAAUCGUCUUCAUUCAGCAUCGCGGCUGGAACCAGGGCGUUGCGAGCUUACCGUUCAUUGGCAUCAUUAUCGGCAUGCUCUCGGCCGUGCUCUAUGUGAUUUUGGAUAAUCCACGAUAUGUGCGCACAGAGAAAGCCCACGGCGGGCUCGCUCCCCCCGAAGCCAGGUUGCCUCCCACCAUUGUCGGCUCCAUCGCUCUCCCUAUCGGUCUUUUCUGGUUUGCAUGGACCAACUCCCCCUCGAUUCACUGGAUAGUCCCCGUUAUAGCUGGGAUCCCAUUCGGAUUUGGGAUGGUCCUCGUGUUUUUGAGCAUCAUGAACUACCUGGUCGACUCGUACACCUUGUUCGCUGCUUCAGUCCUUGCUGCGAAUACCAUCCUGCGCUCCAUCUUUGGCGCCGUCUUCCCCCUCUUCACGCCGCGGAUGUACGAUAACUUGGGUAUCCACUGGGCGUCGACAGUCCCUGCUCUUCUGUCUAUCCUAUGCCUACCCUUUCCUUAUUUGUUCUACCGCUACGGGCACCGGAUCAGGCUCAAGUGCAAGUUCUCUGCUCAGUCGGCUGAACACAUGCGCCACCUGCGGGAACAGCCGGACAAGUCGUCGCCCCCGUCGUCAGAGGAAGACAAGCCGGAAGGAGACUGUGCUACUCAGGCGGGCUAUCAACAGACUGUUGACCAGCCACACCAUCAUGGUGCUAGUCAUUCACAACAGUACGGCCCUGACCAAACGUGCCAAUACGUGGUCAUAUGUCAAUCAUGCCAGCAAGCCCUGAUCUGCCCAUCGUGUCAACAAGGCGUUGCAGUUCAGCCCGUUCAACACGCUGGUACUGAUCAGGAAUAUCAACACAAUACUGACCCAGCGUAUCAGCAGAGCGGAGGCCAGCCGUCUCAUCCUGUGGCUAGUCAGCCUGGCAACGGCCAGUAG